AUGGAACCAUGGAUAGUCUCAGAUCGGGACUUUACGGCCAGACUUUUCUUCGUAAGGAGGCUGAGAACUGAGACCGCCUUCAAGCAAAUCAAGGCGAUUAUUACUUCUGAAGAGGUUUUACUUCGGAAUCCAACAGAUGAAAAUGUUAUUCCUGGUGUGGAGGAGCUUCAAAGACGCUUACCUAUUGGCAACCAUGGUCAAGGACAAGGAAAAGAGAGCUCUGCUGCACAGAAUGACAGGGACACUGGUGAAGAGGAUGGUACUACCUUCCCUCACAGACUAUGUAUGAUGUCUUUAGACGGGGAACAUGAUUUGCUUAGAUUACGUUUGGAUGGUCUUUUCAAACUAAAGGAACAUGCGGUCCAGUUAACAAAAGAGUUUACUGCUUUAUAUACAAACGGACCAGCUGGUGGUGGUGGAAUUAGUACCGGACAUAAGAUGGAAAUUGUUCUUGAAAAGCGUCUGGUCACCCGUGUAUCUGUUUCUGUUAUGUGGAAAACUGGACUUCAGCACACCCAAACAUCAGAGUCAGAGACUCCUAAACAUCAUUCACCAGUUGCUCAAGAGGAACUCCGCAAGGUUAGUGAGAAAGUGUAUCUUGGAUAA